GAGUGAACGGUGAUGAACUCUAUAGAGGUGUGAAAGGAGUUCACGAAGGGCGGAGUUCAUGGAGGAGGUGGAGGAGCCUCGGGAAUCAUUUACAUUACUGCGGAGAUUUGAACCCUCAAAACAAAAGGUAUAAUUAUGUUUCACAAGCACACAUCUGCAGACAAAUGAGAGAGACGGUAGAGGAAUGUCCUGCACAACAACUAGUUUUAGAGAUCUUCACUGGCAACAACAUGAGAGAUGAUAUCAGAGCUAUUGUUAAGACCCCAGAGCCAAUCAGUUUCUCCGGAUCCUGAUCACAUGCGCCAUCCUCUCUGCAUGCUCUCUCCUCACGACUGCAGACGGAGCAGAAGCGCUGAGGCUGAUGGGAAGGCAAUGACAGACGCAGACAUGCAGGGAUCGUCCGGAGCAAACGCCUCUCUGUCUCCUCCAACGCUGAGCCCCAGCAUCCCUCCCUUCGUCAAGCUGGGCCUGACGCUGGCCUACACCGUCUUCUACUCGCUGCUCUUCUGCUUCAUCUACGCUCAGCUGUGGCUGGUGCUGCGCUACAGACACAAGCGCUUCAGCUACCAGACAGCGUUCCUGUUCCUGUGCCUGCUGUGGGCGGCUCUGCGAGCGCUGCUCUUCUCCUUCUACUUCAGAGACUGCGUGACGGCCAACGCGCUCGGACCCUUCGCCUUCUGGCUGCUCUACUGCUUCCCCGUCUGCCUGCAGUUCUUCACGCUCAGCCUCAUGAACCUCUACUGCGCUCAGGUUUUCUUCAAGGCCAAGUCGAAGUACUCUCCUCACCUCCUCAAAUAUAAGUUUCCUCUCUACCUGCUGUUCUUCGGCGUGAGUUUGCUGUUUCUGCUGGUCAAUCUGAGCUGCGCUCUGCUGGUGAAGAUGAGCCACGCACAGGUUAAGACCGUCGUUCUGGUGCGAGUCGCCAUCAACGACUCGCUCUUCGUCCUCUGCGCCGUCUCGCUGGCCGUCUGCCUCUACAAGAUCGCCAAGAUGUCGCUCGCCAGCAUCUACCUGGAGUCCAAGGGCACGUCGGUGUGUCAGGUGACUCUGAUCGGGCUGAUGGUGAUCCUGCUGUACGCGUCGCGGGCCUGUUAUAAUCUGGUGGUUCUGGCUCUGACCAACAUCGAGAGCAUCAACUCGUUCGAUUACGACUGGUAUAACGUGUCGGAUCAGGCGGAUCUGCGCUCCAGUCUGGGCGACGCCGGUUACAUCGUGUUCGGGGUCAUUCUGUUCGUCUGGGAGCUGCUGCCCACGUCUCUGGUGGUGUUCUUCUUCCGUGUGCGAAAACCGGCCCAGGACCGGAGCGGUUCCUCCAUUCCUAGCCACGUCUUCUCAAACCGGCCGUAUUUCUUCGACAAUCCCAGACGCUACGACAGCGAUGACGAUUUAGCCUGGGCUACCCAUCCAGUGACCACCUCCACCAGUCUGUCGACAGACGGCUUUGACUGGAGCAGCCGCAGCAGCAGCUUCCUGGUCCAUCUGGGAGGAGACGAACCGCGGUCGUCAUUGGCAACAGCCGGACUGAACCGCUAAAGAUGUACAGCUCCGGAAAUGAGAAACGCACUGCACUUUAACCGCCCACACACACACACACACACACACAAACACGUCACACAUGACGCACUGUAAGUGUGAGUCGCCAUGGCAACUGACUCCAGGUUUUGAACGAGGCUGUGUUCAGAAUGCUGCACUAACACACUGCAUACUACUUUAAAAAUACCAUGUGAAACAGAUGCAACAAUAUAAAGUAGUGCACUAUACUUACGUCACUACACUGCAUGCUUAAUUCAGCAAGUUGCAUCCAGUUCAUCACCACAGAAAUGGAUAUUCAGCAUUUUCAAUCUAAUUUUGUAUAAAAUGUUGACAAUCUGAUCAAAUAGGGAGAGAGAAAAGAUACAUAUCGAGUCCAUUGCAUUUUGGGAUUUUUAUAUUUAUUUCCAUUUUCUUGUAUUUUAUAUAUUUAAUUUAAUUUACAUUUUCAUUUAUUUUAUUUGCAUUUGUUUUAGUAAUUUUAUUUGCAUUUAUUUUACUUAUUUUAGUUCUUAAUUGAACUUUUUAUUUAUUUUAUUAUAUUUGCAUUUGUAUUUUUUUUGCAUUUAUUUUAGUUCUUAAUUGCAUUUUUAUUUAUUGUAUUAUAUUUGCAUUUGUAAUAUUAUUUGUAUUUAUUUUAUUUUUGUUUAUUUUAUUUAUAUUUGUUUUACUUGUAUUAUUUUAUUUUAUUUUUACUUGUAUUUUAUUUUAUUUUAUUAUUUACAUUUUAUUUUAUUUUUAAUUUGCAUUCCAUUGCAGACUGCACAAUAGAACAAAUGCAUUAGUGCAAAUCAUGCUUAUUUCAGCAAGUGGCAUCCAGUUCAUCACCUCAGAAAUGGAUAUUCAGCAUUUUCAAUCUAAUUUUGUAUAAAAUGUUGACAUUCUGAUCAAACAGGGAGUGAGAAAAGAUACAUAUUGAGUGCAUUGCAUUGCAUUGCGAUUCAUAGAUUUCACAUCUGAAAGUGCGUACGUUUUCUGUGCGUACGUUUAUUCUAUGAAUCACAUGUACACAUAUUUGAGAGAUGAUCGUAAGAUCAAAUUUAGGAUGGUUUCUGCGCAACAUUUUAUAAAUGGUCCAUGCAUACUGCACACAAUACACUGCAGAAAUAAUGCGAUUAUGUUAGUAUACAUUCUGAUCACAGACUCGUGUUUAUAUUCACACGAUCACAUUGUGAUUCCAACACAGUAGUUACAGUCAGGAUUAUGAAAUGAUGUGCAAGGCAUGAAUUUAUGUUUCUUUGAGUAUUUAUCUUUAGCUGUUGAAAACAGUAUAAUUGGUCCACUAAGGUUGAGGCACACUUAAAAAUGACACCGACGUCUUUAAAUAUAUUUAAGAUAAACACCUGUUAUUUCACUGAUCAUGUGAUUCUCAUUUGUUCAUUUGUAAUCAGGAUGAUGUUCGUCUCCUUCUACAAAAAUAAAUUAUUUGCUGUUAAAAUAAGACCAAUGUGCUUCUUACUAACGAGAAGAACUGAAUGACAAAAAUCUGAAUAAAAAAUAAAUAAAAUCUGGAAAAAAAAGUAUGUUUAAAAAAAUAAAUUAAAUUAAAAUAUUUACCAAAAAAGCUUGACUAUAUAUAUAUUAAAUACAAAUGCAAAUAAAAUAAUAAAAAUACAAUUAAGUACUAAAAUAAAUGCAAAUAAAUUACUAAAAGCAAAUAAAAUGCCAAUGAAUACAAAUUAAAAAAAUACAAAUCAUAAAAAAAAAAAAAAAAGGAAAUUGAAAUAAUUUUUUUUUUUUACAUUUUAA